CUUGAAAUCCUCGUUCAGCGCUUGGGAAGCAAAUCGACAGAAGAAAACGGAGAGGCAACCUGCCGCUUUCCCCUUCCUGCCCCACACACCACCCCCACACGUUGGAUGAGGCUUUCCCGACUGAGCGCUUCGAGGGAGUGCCGAAGACCUCCCGGACCCGCCCCUAUCGCUUUCAGCCCUGCCCCCUCAACUUCCGGCCUCCGCGAAGAACACUACGUUUAAAUGCCUGGCCGGAAGUUACCCCCGAGGCUUCCGGGAGGCCCUUUAAAAGCGGCGCGUGCGCGGGGCGGGGCCCGGUCAGCCCUCUCCCCUUUCCCCAAAAUCCGCGCGGUGUCGCGAGACUUUAUCUUUCCAAAACUUCCGGCGCUGGUCGGCCUCGGAGGUCGCGGAUUAGCGAUGCGGUCCAGGCUUCUGUUGAGCGCUGCUCGAUGUCUUUGGGCCCGCCGGGCUGCAUGCCCGGCCCGCCGGCACCGAAGCUGCGGCGGCGCGCUGCUCGAGGAGCUGUUCGCCCGCGGCGGGCCCUUGCGGACCUUCCUCGAGCGCCAGGCAGGGGCUGAAGCCCAGUUGCAGGCCAGGGGGCCUGAGCUGGUGGCGGUGGCCAGACUGCUGAGCGAGAAGGAGCAGGAGCUGCGGGAGACCGAGCACUUGCUGCAUGAUGAAAAUGAAGACUUAAGGAAACUUGCAGAGAAUGAAAUAACUUUGUGUCAAAAAGAAAUAACUCAGUUGAAGCAUCAGAUUAUCUUACUUUUGGUUCCCUCAGAAGAAACCAAUGAAAAUGAUUUGAUCCUGGAGGUAACUGCAGGAGUUGGUGGUCAGGAGGCAAUGUUGUUUACUUCAGAGAUAUUUGAUAUGUAUCAGCGAUAUGCUGCAUUUAAAAGAUGGCAUUUUGAAACCCUGGAAUAUUUUCCAAGUGAAAUAGGUGGCCUUAGACAUGCGUCGGCCAGCAUUGGGGGGUCAGAAGCCUAUAAGCACAUGAAAUUUGAAGGAGGUGUACACAGAGUACAGAGAGUGCCAAAGACAGAGAAGCAAGGCCGCAUCCACACCAGCACCAUGACAGUAGCCAUAUUACCCCAACCUACUGAGAUUAAUCUGGUAAUUAAUCCUAAAGAUUUGAGAAUCGAUACUAAGCGAGCCAGUGGAGCUGGGGGGCAGCACGUAAAUACCACGGACAGUGCUGUCCGGAUAGUUCAUCUUCCAACAGGUGUUGUUUCCGAAUGCCAACAAGAGAGAUCUCAACUGAAAAAUAGAGAAAUGGCUAUGAAAAAGUUACGUGCAAAACUAUACAGCAUGCAUGUAGAAGAAGAAACAAGUAAAAGAUACAAUGCUAGAAAAGUUCAGAUUGGAACAAAAGGAAGGUCAGAGAAAAUAAGAACAUAUAAUUUUCCACAGAACCGGGUCACAGAUCACCGAAUAAACAAGUCACUUCAUGAUCUUGAAACUUUUAUGCAAGGAGAGAAUCUACUGGAUGAACUUGUACAGUCAUUGAAGGACUAUGCUGAUUAUGAAUCUUUAGUAGACAUUAUCUCCAAGAAAGUUUAAUCUGAUUUAUUAAAAACUUGUAUAGCUUAUUAAAAUUCUAUAGUAAAUCACAUUUUGUGUAAAUACCAGUAUUCUCUUAAAAAACAUGAGUUAAUACAGUUGAAAGUAAUAUGCAUACUUUUAAGAUAGAUAAUUUAUAUACAUCUUCUCUCAAUGCAUUAAUAAAAAACAUACAAUAUAA